CAGUCAUUCUUUUUUAGUAGUAGGAUUUAAUCAUAUCGCGCAUUUCCAACAACCCAAGGUCAUGGCCGACGUCAGCGUCGACUGGGAUGGGAUCUUCAACAAGGUGUGGCCGUCGCUGCAAGAGGAAGGAUGGGGGGCAUCAACCCACGAAGACAUGCCGUCGUUCUACUUCUCCCCGGAUGUCACGUUCCUCACGUUCGAGGUGAACGUGACCAUCCUUCCAACUAAACGCGACUUGCUUCGCCGUGUGCUGGCGGUGCACGCAUCGGAAGACUCCCCCAUGGCCGCAAGUCACGAGAUGCUGUGGGAUCUGGUGUGGGCAUCUCUGGAGACCUCUAAGUGCGCGUCCACCAUGACCUUGCGCAACGUGGUCGUGUACUACUCCACCGCAGUCUCGGUGUUCGACCUCGAGUUGCACAAGACCAUGUUCGAAUCGAAACGAGCGGCCGUCCUCCAGCUCUUGGGCAUCCUCCCUCCUGAAACGUCAAAGCAGCAGGCGUCGCCUGAGAAGCCACCCGCAACGAUGGAGCCGACGACACUUGGUCGCAGAAAGCGAGGCCGGCCUCGACUGCACAUGGACGCCCCGUCAUGUUCCGCAGCCGACUGCACUAACUUGGCCGUACGUAAGGGCGUGUGCUACCGCCACCGCCUCUCCCAAACACCCGGCAAUUCCCUAGCGAACCCCGUCAACCCGUCACUAAUCGAUGUCGUCGAAUCCAGCGGCAGUGCCAAGCGACGAAACAAAGGUCACAAGAGUGAGUUGGGUCCACGGCAACAUGGUGCUCGACGCGACCGGGCGGACCAGCCGCCUCAAGAGCACGACGUCAUCGAACUCUUGGACGACAGCAGCAACGGCGACGACGACGACCAAGUUGCCGCCAAAUCCAAGCAGAAGGAGCGACGCACCCGACAGGCUCAGUGUGUUGUCCCGAGGGUUGCGUCUUUUAAGCGAAAAGGGCUGCAUGAGAAAACCACGUCGCAGGCUGGGAGUGGCAAGAUCAAAACACACCGACGACAUGACAAGUGACUCUGUCGCAUACACACAACGCCAUGCGUUCGGGGGGCGUUGAUACUGCGCAUGGGAAUAUCGAAGGCCUUGUUUUUUCGUGAUUAAUACUAUAUAUAGAUGAUAUAUUACUAUA